GUUUUUUUCAAAACAAAAACUCCUCAUAAAAAUUAUUAUUAAGUUUUCGCUAUGAAAGGCAGAACUCUUAGCUCUCAAUCACAGGGCUUGGUACUAUCCUUGCUGAAUUAUUUUCAACAAGAAAAGGAUAAUGGACCAUUAUAUUACCAUUGUUAGCUGUUCAAGAGAGGGUGGCUCAGGCACUAAGUAUCAGUUUGUCCACUAUUACCAGAAU